GUGCUCCACCAAUAGGAUACACAUCAAUUGUCUCACGAAUAGCUUUGCAAUUUGAGGCAAGAAAGGCUGCCAAAUUUUGCAGAAGUUCAGAAAAAUUAUGGGACAACUAAACAUAUCCUUGUCUCACAACAAAUGGCUGGACAUCGAAUUCUAAUGAAAGCUUCAUAGCUAUUUCAAUUCAUUUAAUUGACAAGAACUGGAACUUUGUCAGUUAUGUUAUAAAUUUGAUUCACUCCCAGGCCUCGACGGGAAGCGAGAGCUUUAGCUCUCGCUCUCGCCCACACUCCCCUAAAACAGUUUACAGGAGCAAUUUACAGCUCUUGCAAAAGUAUAAUUUUUCUCAUGAAGGUAUAAUUAAAAUUACAAAAGAGUGCUAAUUUAAAUGAGGAGCAGCUCGCACAGCUCCCCAAAUUCGUUUUAGGAGAGCUUUUCUCAGCUCUCGUGCUCAUUUGUUUCGGCCAAGGCCUGCACUCCCAUGAGCGUCACACAAGCGUCAACCUUCAAACAAGUUUGGAGGCUGCAAUGGAUGCCUGGCAUAUUCCAGGAGCUUUUGCAGUGGUGUCAGACAAUGCCACAAACAUUGUGCUGGCACUAACUUCAAGCAAACGAGUGCAGCAUAUGGUACGGUGUGUUGUUCAUACAAGCCAAUUGGUCAUUAAUGACAGCAUCAAUGCUAUCCAGACAGUUAGAAGUGCGCUGGCAGCCAUCAGAAGAGUGGCACAGUUCUUCAGAAGUUUGAAUCCAUCCUGGAAUGUCCUCAAACAAAUUCAGAAAGACGAAAUCAAAAGGAAUUCUAAAAACUGUGAUACUAUAGUAUCCAGACUUCUAAAGCCUAUCCCCCUUAUCAUGGACUGUGAAACCAGGUGGAGGAGCAAAAUCCAUAUGGCGGAACGAAUGGUGAGGCUACAACAGAACAUCAUUGCCUCAAUGCAGGAUCCUCAAGUGAAGAAAGACAUGGCUAGAUCAAAGUGUGCCAACCCCAACGCUGACCAUUGAGGCAUUGCACAAACAGUGGUGGAAGUUUUAAAACCCUUUGCUGACCAGAUUACUCACUAGAGUGGUCAGCGGUAUGUUCAUACUCAGCGAUUUAUCCAGCAAUUUUGGGAUUGCUAGAUUUUCUUAAGCCAGAUGAUGAGAACAACACGUGGGCUGCUGUACAGCUGAAAGAAAAGCUGCAAAGCAAAAUAAAGCAACGGUUUGGUUUGGUUAGCGGUAUUAACAAUGAUUUUCCUUGCUAUUUAGGCAUGGUUGGUGCCCUUUUGGACCCUUGAUUCAAAAGCCUCCCAUUUCUGACCACCGAAGAAAAAGCUAGUGUGAUAACAUAUGCAGAAGAACUACACGCCAUCUCGCAGCAGCAACCUGUCAUGGGCCCUGCUGCAACGGCUUCUGCAUCCUCAAAAUGCAAAGUCUUUGAUGGUUUUCAUACAAGCAAAAAAAAAAUUGAUUUAUUCUCGCGUAUUUACAAGCCAGCAACAAAUGCCAGCUCAGUUCCAACAACUUUUAGACAGGAAAUGCAAAUUUACAUAUCAUAAGCUGCUGAACCGCUCACAGGAGAUCCACUAAUGUGGUGGUAGUUGCAUAGUUCUCGAUUUAACCUUCUUUCUCGUUUGGCUGCACAGCUUUUCUGCAUCACAGCAACCAGCUGUCCAAGUGAGCGAAUAUUUUCAACCCCUGGAAAUCACGAAGAAAAGAAAUCAAUUAAUGCCAGAACAUGCAGAGAUGCUGGUUUUUCUGUAAAUUCAGAGUUAUGUGGAAACUUGGUUAAUAAUAAUGAUGAUGAUGAUGAUGAUGAUGACGAAAUUCAAAUCAACAGUGAUGUCGAGAUAAAUAAUAAUGCUGAUAAUUAAACUAUACUUGUACAUUAU